GUGUGGAAGCGCUCUGGGGCCUGGUUUUACAAGUCACUUCCACGCUAUCGCACACCCAGUUGUCCAAACAGUCCAGGCCUGUCGAUCUCCUCUUCGGGCUCCGGUACCAUGCGAGACGCAGACAUUGCGGCCGGUGGCAAAUGCAGCAGCGGUCUCUCGAAGAAGGGCAGCCUCCUCCCGGAGGGCACUCAAGUGCUGACCGGACCGGCGGACCUGGUUGACAGAGCGAUCUGCUGCAAUCCUGUCGACAGAAUGGCCAAACCCGCCUGGGCCCGAGUACAUGGGACGGGUGAGUGA